AUGGCCUUGUUCAGAUUUGUUCUCCUUUUUCUUAUUCUCUCAAGUUUUGUUCAAGUUAAGGGCCAAGGAGUAGGCAUCAACUACGGUCAAAUCGCUAACAACCUACCGUCUCCUGCAAGAGUCGCCGUACUCCUCCGGUCACUAAACAUCACGAGAGUGAAACUCUACGACGCAGAUCCGAACGUUCUCUUUUCCUUCUCUAAUUCACAAGUCGAUUUCAUGAUCGGGUUAGGUAACGAGUUCCUUCAAAAUAUGUCUAAAGAUCCAACCAAAGCUCAGACUUGGAUCCAACAACGACUUCAACCACACAUAUCGAAAACUCGUAUAACCUCGAUCGUUGUCGGAAACGAAAUCUUUAAAACUAACGAUCGUGUCUUGAUCGAGAAUCUAUUACCAGCGAUGAGAUCAGUUUACUCUGCUCUAGUCAAUCUCGGAUUGGAGAAACAAGUCAUGGUCACUUCUGCUCAUUCUCUCGAUAUUCUUCAAACAUCUUAUCCUCCUUCUUCAGGAUCAUUCAAAGAAGAGUUCAUUCAGUAUCUCCGACCACUUCUUGAUUUCCACUCUCAGGUUAAAUCUCCAUUCUUGAUCAACGCUUAUCCUUUCUUCGCUUACAAAGACAGCCCUAAAGAGAUUCCACUAGAAUACGUUUUGUUCCAACCAAAUCAAGGGAUGGUUGAUCCAAACACUAAUCUCCAUUACGACAAUAUGUUGUUUGCUCAAGUUGAUGCGCUUUACUCUGCUAUUAAAACCAUGGGACACACCGACAUCGAGGUUCGGGUUUCGGAGACUGGUUGGCCAUCUAUAGGAGAUGAGAACGAGAUCGGAGCUUCGCCGGAGAACGCGGCGCUUUAUAAUGGGAAUCUGCUCCGGUUGAUUCAGGAGAGGAAAAGAACUCCGGCCAAGCAAUCUGUUCCCAUUGAUGUUUACGUUUUCGCCCUUUUCAAUGAGAAUCUUAAACCGGGUCCCACCUCUGAGAGGAAUUACGGAUUGUUUUACCCUGAUGGUAAACCGGUUUACAAUGUCGGUUUACAGGGUUAUCUCCCUGAUAUCAUCUACACUUCAAGAGCCCCUACCACCAAGAUUUUGAAUUUGUGGAGAGGCGUGAUGGGAUUUGCUGUCGCGGGGUUGAUACUUGAUAUGGACGUCAAAAUGAGGAUGAGAUAA